CUCUACCGCUCUUCAGCUCCAUCUGAACUCCAACGCCUUUUUUCUGGAUCAUCUUCCUUUUUUUCCUUUUUAUACCAACGUCUUUGUUUGUUGUGAUACCCAAUCUCCUUUGAUACCCCCCGAAAUCUUUCAGAAUGGCCGAGGAACAGAAGAACGUCGUCGUCCCCGAGGAGACCAAGCCUGAGGCCACCGGUAUCUCGGCUCCCACCGUCGAGACUCCCGCCGAGACCAAGCCCGCCGAAGAGACACCCGCUGUCGCUGCCGAGUCUGCUCCCGCUGCUGAGGACAAGCCUGCUGAGGAGGCCAAGCCCGCUGAGGCUGAAGAGGCCCCCAAGGCCGAGGAGAAGAAGGAGGAGGUCAAGCCCAUCGAGGAGGGUCACCUGAACCACAAGGCUCAGGGCCUGAGCUUCCCCAAGAACCUUAUUGCCAGCAAGGAGUUCUUCUGGUUCGGCUCCGACGCCGUUGAGCCCAAGUCUCUCGCCCACUACCUCAAGGCCGAGAAGUCUGCCGAUACUGCCCACUCCAACAUCGCCUGGGCUUCCGAGACUGGCAAGGGUCUUCUCUUUGUCGGCGACAAGACCACCCCCUCUAGCGUCAUCAGCCUGGCCGAUGCUACUGAGCCCGAGACCGAUGGCUCUCACAAGUUCCACCUCACCUCCAAGGGCAACAAGCACACCUUCAAGGCUGCUAACGCCGCUGAGCGUGACAACUGGGUUUCCCAGCUGAAGCUCAAGAUCGCCGAGGCCAAGGAGCUCGUCGACACUGUCACCGAGUCGGAGACCUACAAGGCCACCGUCGAGAGCUUCAAGCCCGUUGUUCCUAAGAAGGAGGAGAAGGCUGCUGAGGCCCCCAAGGAGGAGACCGCCCCUGUCGUUGAGGAGCCCGUCGCCGAGGCUGCCCCCGCUGUUGAGGAGGCUCCCAAGGAGGAGGAAGCCAAGGACGAGCGCAAGAAGGAGGAGGUCAAGUCUGAGGAGCCCAAGCGACGAUCCGCUAGCCGCAAGCGCACUUCUUUCUUCGGCUUCGGAAAGAAGGAGGAGUCCAAGAAGGAAGAGGUCAAGAAGGAGGCUGAGACCAAGCCCGUCGAGGAGACCGCCGUUACCGCCGAGACCCCUGCUGAGGAGGCUCCCAAGACUGAGGAGGUUCCCAAGAUCGAGGAGCCCGCCAAGCCUGCUGAGACCGUUGAGGAGCCUGCCAAGGCUGUCGAGGAGACUCCCGCUGAGGCUGCUCCUGCUGCUGAGGAGAAGCCUGCCGAGAGCCCCAAGGAGAAGCCCACUGCCUCUAAGCGCAACAGCUUCUUCGGCAACGUCUUCUCUAAGAAGGAGAAGAAGACUCCCGAGCUGAAGCCCACUGAGCCCGCUGAGGCCCCCAAGGAGGGCGAGGCUGCUGAGACUGCCCCAGUCAUCCCUCCCGUCGAGGCCACCACUCCCCUCGCCGUUGACGUCUCCAGCCCUGCCACUGUCCCCACUGAGACCACCGAGGCUGCUGCCGCUACCUCUCCCGCCCCUGAGGCUAAGAAGGAGAUCAAGGAGAAGCGCAAGUCUUCUCUCCCCUUCGCUUUCGGCAAGCGUGACAAGUCUCCCGCUCCCGCCGAGGGCGAGAAGGUCAAGGAGAGCCCCUUCUCCAAGCUCCGCAACACCAUCCGCGGCAAGUCCCCCAAGCCUGCUGAGAAGCACGCCGAGGAGCCCAAGGAGGAGACCCUCAAGGAGGAGCCUGCUAAGGAAGAGGAGGCCAAGACUGAGGCCCCCAAGGAGGAGGAGGCUGCCAAGCCUGCCGAGCCCGAGGCCGAGAACAAGCCUGAGAACGCUACCACUCCCGCUCCUGUCGUCACCGCCGCUGCCUAGAGGGUGGCCCGCCGUUGAUCGUUGCGAGUUACGACUAAAUCACCAUGAACAAAAACUUUACCACAACACACAUGCAUUGAAAGGGUUGGGAAUGGAAGGAAGGAUCUGCAUUUCUUCACAAGAUACCGAGAUACCCUGUCAAGACUGCUUCACUGAUACCAAUUUCCAUAUUUGCUGAAUAUGAGAGGAGGAAAGGAGAAAAAAAGGGUCUGGAAACAGACCACGAAACCACAAAAAAAAGUUGUCCCGGCUGCCGGCCUGGAGGAGGCGGCAUGCUCGCGUCGUUGCUUAUUGUCUUUUCUUGUCUGAUACCCGGAAUGGAGAUAACUAAUACUAAUAAUACAACUGCUGCGUGUUGAA